CGCAACCGUACUACUAGUAUUAUUGCUGCUAACUUCCGGAAACUCUUCGAUCCGUCCAUGAUCCACCAUUGCGGCAAAAAUGGUCCAUUGUAGUGAACGGAGAUGACGAGACUCUCUUUUCAUGGCUCUACCGGGGCAAUAACUCCGUUUUAAUAUCGAAACUGUCUUGAAAAUAAUCUGAUAUGUCAGCCGCUACGAGUACAGCAACUUCAGGAAACGUAGACCACGUAAUGAAACCGGUGCUGUUUGAAAUAUUCGGAGAGAUCUGGAAUGUACAAGCUCGUCUGGGCCAAGGAGUCUCGGCUUCUGUUUACAAGGUAAGCUCUGGAAGAGCGAGCACCGCGGCGGUCAAGGAGUUUCAAGCCGACGUUCAAGGUGGGGAUUACGGCUACCAUAAAGAGAGAUCCGUACUGGAGGACAUUCAAGGACACAAAAACAUCGUGACGCUGUAUGGCGUGUUCACCAAUCACAGCAGUGUUGGCGUGGCGACGCGCUGCCUCCUCCUGGAGCUGCUGGACGUGAGCGUGUCUGAGCUGCUGGUACAGGGUGGCGGGCAGGGGGGUGACCAGGGGGGCCGAGGGCGGCAGGGCCACUCCAUGUGGCUGAUCCAGCACUGUGCCAGGGAUGUGCUGGAGGCCCUGGGGUUCCUCCACAGGGAGGGCUACGUCCACGCCGACCUCAAACCACGCAACAUCCUCUGGUGCGCUGACGACGAGUGCUUCAAACUCAUCGACUUUGGACUCAGCUUCAAGGAGGGAAACCAGGAUGUGAAGUACAUCCAGACAGACGGGUACCGUGCCCCAGAAGCUGAACAUCAGAACCUGCUGGCCCAGGGGGCGCUGGAGGGGGCUGAGGGGCUGGACCCGGGGGCGCUGGAGGGGGCUGAGGAGGUGGGAGGGCUGGAGGGGGCCCAGGGCUGCAGCACGGCUGUGGAUCUGUGGAGUCUGGGGGUGAUCCUGCUGGAGAUGCUGUCAGGGGUGAAGCUGAAGGACACCCUCCGCUCACAGCAGUGGAAGGACAGCAGUGCAGCGAUCAUCGACCACCUGUUUGCCAGCAGCAGCAGUGCAGCCAGCCCAGCCAUCCCAGUGUACCACCUCAGAGACCUCAUCAAGAGCAUGCUGCACCAGAGCCCUGAGAGCAGAGCCACUGCAGAGAGCGCCCUGCUCAGCCCGUUCUUCAGCAUCCCCUUCGCUCCACACAUCGAGGACCUGGUACUGCUAGCGUCUCCUGUGCUGCGUCUGCUCAACCUCAUAGACGACAGCCACCUGCACAACGAGGAUGAAUACGAAGAUAUCUUGGAGGACAUGAAGGAGGAGUGCCAGAAGUAUGGAUCUGUGGUGUCCCUGCUUAUCCCCAAGGAGAACCCAGGGAAAGGCCAGGUGUUUGUUGAGUACACCAAUGCCAGCGAGUCCAAGGAAGCUCAGAGGCUGCUCACAGGACGGACCUUCGACGGGAAGUUUGUGGUGGCAACGUUCUACCCCCUGAGUGCUUACAAGAGGGGCUACCUCUAUCAGACAGUCCUGUGAUGCCAUGUGAAGACUGUCACACACCCACUCAGGCCUCUCAAGGCUGUUUGUCAGCUACAGACAUGGUUCACUCCGAAUGGUGUUCUAACAGAUGAACAUGCGCCAGUGUGUAAAUGUUAGUGUGUUGAAUGUUAAGGGGUGUUAAAGCUCUGACUGCCGUUUAUGAUGAUAGUGGUGGUGUGUGUGUGUAGAUAGGCCUACGGGCUUUUACUAGGUAGCACUUAUGCCUGUUAUGCUUUUGUUUGUAGCAGCUACGGCUAAAUGCUAAUGUUUGUAGCAUCUACGGCUAAAUGCUCAUUUGUGUAGCAGCAACGGCUAAAUGCUCGUUUGUAGCUGCUACGGCAAAUGCUGAUGCAUGUAGCAGGCAGGACUAGCUACCUCUGUUGUUGUGUAGCAUGAGUGUGAAUGAAGCUUGUGUUGUCUGACCCUCUGGUGUCGUAGGUCACAAGUUCUCAUCGUAGCAGAGCGCCCAGGCAGUAGAGCCGGAUGUGGCAGCAUCGUAGCCAAGGCCGCCGGAGCAGAUGAUUCAGUCUGAUCCGGCGCUUCAUCAUCACGUUGCUGCAUCACAAAACAAGCACAAGCCCUUUAUUAUGCUGAUUGAUGUGCCAUUGUAGCCUAGCCUCACUGUCAUGACGCGAACGAUCCCAAACCCUCCUGUGACAAAGGAGCCAGUAGCGUGCUUCUUGUUCCCUGGCAGGUGAAGCUGGUAAAGUUCACACGGCGCUCGUUGGCCGUAAGUUUGUCUCGUCCUGAAUACCAGAUACCUUUCUUGUGUAUAUAUAUAAAUAUUUGUUCUUCCCUUUCCUUCCCUCCACACACACACCAAUUCUUGAAACUUGAAUUCAGAAAUUCUCCCUUCAUAAUAAGGGGCGUCCAUGUGUAAAACAUUAUGUUCUGUGCAUCUGAAACCACUUUCAUUCUGUAAAAAAAAUAAAAUAUAUCUACAAUUU